CUGCUUUACAGGGAAACUGAUUUCCUCCUCUGCAAGAUUUUAGCUGCAGGGACAAUGAAAAUACAAAGAGUGGUGCUGAAUUCACGCCCGGGUGUCAAUGGAAUGCCAGUUGCUGAAAACUUCCGGGUGGAAGAGGUUGCCCUCCUGGAUAAAAUUGAGGAGGGUCAAGUCAGAGUUCGUGCACUUUAUUUGUCUGUGGAUCCUUAUAUGGAAUAG